AUGACGACGUCGUCGCCUCGCCACGCGGCGGCGGACGGCCGCGCGAACUCGUUCACCAAGGCAGGCACGGUGCCGGACGCCAACUUGAACCAUGCGAUGCUGUGGCGCAACAAGAGCGUUUCGUGCGACGCGCUCCGGUGCUUUGAGGCGUCGCGCAAGGCGUACAUCGACCCUGCGCAGAUGGCGGACCGCAAGUACUGGGAAGUGUUUUGCUCGGAGCUCCAGACCGCGCGGGACACGAACGCUCGCCUUGUGCGCUUCUUCACACUCAAGAUCCAAGCCGACAUGGCGUAUGCGGAGAGCCUCCGGCGGCUGCGGCUCGCGCUCGAGACGUCGGACGUUGGUGGCCCCAAGCUCCAAAUGGCGUCGUCGUGCGACAACGCCCUUCACGCCCUCGGCGAAAGCCAGCAGCAGCUCUCGGACAAGAUUGAGACGUUCACGAACGCCAUCCAGCGCGACGUGCUCGCGCGACCGCUCCAGGAAAUGGUGACGCAGUACGAAGAGACGGCGACGACCAUGGUGACGGAAGGAACCGCGCUCGACUUGAUGCUGCGCGCAUCGCAGAAGCGCGUCCAAGAGUCGUUUGCCGCCUACGACGACCUCUACCGUGACAUGGAGCGCGCACGCCAAGCCAAGCAGGAGAGCAGCAGCCAUGCGCACGACCUCUGGCUUGCCGAGGCGGCGUACGGUGUCAACGUUCAAAAGCUCCAAGCCGCGCGCGUCGAGUACGUGACGGGCAUGGCCAACCUCUUCCAGCAGUUCAAGACGAUUGAAGUCCUCCGCGUUGCGGUGACGCAAACCGCGUUGGACACGUACUUGCGCAAGCAAAAGACGAUCUUUGAAGAGCUCGGCGGCACCAUGACCGAGCCCCUCGGCAGCACGCUCAAAAUGCACGCGGAAAAGGAUCUGCUGCUCACGAUUCGCCGCAUUCCGCGCAACAACACGGCGAUGGCGCUCGCCGAGGCGCAAGAAGACAAGUUUUUCGGGUCGUUUCGGUCGCCGCUCGCGAGCCCACUGCUUGUCUAUGGCGGCUUUCUGCGGUACCAAGUGUCGGCGACCAUGUUCAAGUCGUGGAAGGACAUGUUUGCUGCGGUCACGCAGGACGGGUACCUCCACCUCUUUGAAUGGACCAAGGACAAGCGACCGGACGCGGUGCUCACGUCCCUCCCGACCUCGGACGACGGCGUCUCGUGCGUGACGUAUGCGUCCAUCUAUCUUCCCAACUCGCGCCUCGCGAUCGCCAAGGGGACGGUCCCGACCUUUGAAGUGAACGAGGCGGUGGCAUCCUCGGGGCUCUUUAGCGUCUUCAAGACCGAGUCGACGCGCCGCCACAUCUUCCAGUGCACGUCCCAGACGGAGCUCAUGGACUGGGUCGUCGCGGCCAAGCGGCUGAUUCCAGACCCGACCGCACGCCGCCUCUCGUAA